AUGAAGACAAAGCGACAUAGUAAACCCCACUUCGCCUUCCCUGUCGUGAUAAUCUUUUCUCUGUGUUUGCAAACAAGUGCCAACCAUACUGAUUACCCCAGGGUUACAAACGAAACCUGGAAUCCCAUCAGCCAAAACCGAAGUGGAAACCAGAACGUAACAGAAGCCAAUACAAAUACUCCUCUGAGCAUCAAUUUCAGCAGCAAAACAACUGCUUUUGAAAAGCAGACAAGUAUCCUGCAAUCCUUAUCCUCCAGAGUGGCCCAGAAUUCAACAUCUUCCCCUGCCAGAAGGGCUGUUUCUGCCACCGAACCCAGGAGUAACAGCAAACCCAAGAGCACGGUGACAAAAGAAACAUGUGAAGACAAUAAGUCUCUUAUACUGAUUUGCUUCAUUGUAAUAGCAGUGCUGAUGCUCAUCUGCACCUCCUUAUUUCUGUCGACAGUCGUAAUAGCAAACAAAAUGUCAUAUCUCAAGAAAAACCAGCAAGGAAGACGUAGGCCCAGGAGCAAUGGCGAUAUUCUGGCAACUAACAGUUUAUGGCCAACGGCAGCGGGAACGUGGCAGAGGAUGCCCAAAGACACAGCUGGAACUGACUUGGUCAUGCACGACUUACUAUCUGGGCGAGAUGCUGCGAUCCAAAGGAAAACUGAAGACGAAACUACUGAGAAACUCAACAAAGAAACAGAUAACGAAUGCGAAAACAAAGACCCAUCAAAGUCACACAAACCCAUUUUAACCAAUUUUGUAGUUGAGAUUUAA